GUGCGGGUGGGCUUGACUUGCCCCGGGGUGUUUAUUUAUUAUUUAUGGAUUUAUAUAUUUAUUUUCACCUGAGCUACGUUGCCUCUUUCAUAUUUAAAGGAACAGUUUUGCUUGAUCGGCCAUAAAAAUGUACUAUGAGACCGGUAGCAUCAAACCGGGCGUGAUCGGGGGCUCCAAGCCCAAAGUGGCCACGCCGAAGGUGGUGGACAAGAUAGCGGACUACAAGAGGCAGAACCCCACCAUGUUCGCGUGGGAGAUCCGCGACAGGCUGCUGGCCGAGGGCAUCUGCGACAACGACACCGUGCCCAGCGUCUCGUCCAUCAACCGGAUCAUCCGGACAAAAGUGCAGCAGCCCUUUCAUCCGUCGCCCGACGGGACGUCGCUGUCGACGCCGGGCCAUACCAUAGUGCCAAACACGGUGUCCCCACCAGUAACCAGCGCUUCCAACGACCCAGCGGGGUCCUACUCCAUUAACGGCAUUCUCGGUAUUCCGCGUUCCAACGGUGAAAAGAGGAAAAGAGAUGAAGAUGGUUCAGAUGGUUCUGGUCCAAACAGUGAUUCUCAGGGUAGCGUGGAGAGUUUACGGAAACACCUGAGGGCCGACGCCUUCACCCAGCAGCAGCUGGAAGCGCUGGACCGGGUCUUCGAGCGCCCCUCGUACCCGGACGUCUUCCCUCAAUCGGAGCACAUCAAACCGGAACAGGCUAACGAGUACUCUGUGCCCGGCCUCAAUUCCAGCCUGGACGAAGUCAAGCCCAGUUUGUCGUCCAACGCCAACCCGGAGCUGGGCCCCGGCGUGUCGCAAAGCUACCCUGUAGGUCGGGACAUGGCCAACACGACCUUACCCGGGUACCCCCCUCACGUCCCCCCCACUGGCCAGGGCAGCUACCCAACCUCCACACUCACUGGAAUGGUUCCUGGGAGUGAGUUUUCGGGGAACCCCUACAGUCAUCCGCAGUACACCACCUACAACGAGGCUUGGCGAUUCAGCAACCCGGCGUUACUAAGUUCCCCUUAUUAUUAUAGUGCCGCGUCGAGAGGCUCAGUCCCGCCCACUGCUGCCGCUGCCUAUGACCGCCACUAGUUACCACGGAAACCAAAUCAAACUACAGGACCGUCGCCUCGGCCACCAUAUUUGGGCGCAGUGAGGACACUCGCAUGAUGAGACCACUUUUUAUUUUUAUUUUUUUUUGGGCGGGUUGGGCUGUUCCAGAUUUCUUCACCACCCAUUUGAAUUUGAUCAACGGUUUUGGGAGACAACUAAAAUCAGCCAUUGUGGAUCAAUACUGUACAUUCCUUUGUUUGGCAGCUCUCAGCAGGGACUGUUCGGGGCUUAAAAAUGUAGCAGCGGCCUUUUAUUUUCCUAUUUUUUUUCCCCUCCCUUGACUCGAGUGAAAAUGGAACGACGCGAGACGAGCCGGCUGCGUUUUUAUUCAUCAUCCAACAUGGCGGAUGCCGUGGGAAGAUUAGGACUCUGUGAAACACAAUCAACAUGUUGACAAAAAAAAAAAAAAAAAAAAAAAGACAAAAAGUACAGUGCGUCGCCGUGGAAGCGAGUGGAUGUAUUCCUAAUGAUAUUUCUUAUUUCUGUUCUGUUUUUAUUUUUUAAUCAUUUAACGGACUAAACUGCUGUGUCGGGAUACGGAAGGCAACAUUUUUUGUCGUUUUUAUUAUUUUUUUUUGUUCAUGAUUUUGCACUAUUUUGGAGGUUGGCAACACUGUUGUACAGUCGAUGGAGGAAUUCCUUUAUGCAUACGUGCUUUAGGUUUCGGCACUUAAAGCGUCAUCUCGACAACAUGCACUACCGCUGGAUGCUUUCAGUACGGUUGAUGAAGUUUUUGGCAGGACAGGACAUGCAGCCAUCCCCCAUUGUCGCUUGGCACCAAUCCGGAAAAAGAAAACGCAUAGAAAUUUGAAUUUUUUUUUUUUUUUUUUAAGUUAGUGCUGAUGGACAUGGAGUCAAAAAGAUGAUGCCUUAUCACGUUUUAAAUUUGAAAAAGAAAAAAAAAAGCUUCAUCAAGUUUCAGGCUUCGUAUUUUUGUUUUUGACUGAAUGUAAUUGACAUUUGCCAAAGACUUUUUAUUAUUUACAGGCUGCCUAUCAUUGAGAUCAGUGUUAUCGAUAUCAUUAUUGUUUUCAUGGUUAUUAUUAAUUUUUAUAUUAUUAGGGACAAGCCACAUGCUUCACGAGGAAGUCUAAAUGUAUAAAUUCUAUGCAGUGCAGAUGGUCAUCAUAUGCAUUUGAAGGUGUUAAAAGUACUGUGGGUGAAGUUUAUUUAAUGUUCAUUUGUAGGAGUGUGUGUGCGUGCGCGCGUGCGUGUGUGACAAAACACUUCAUGUAAAUACAGUAAGAACUGUCUUUCAUGUUCAUGGCUAUUAUCUCUUUCAUUGAAGCCGGUCACACUUGUAUGAUAAUAAUAAUAAAAAAAAAGUGUCUGAAAUCUUUUACCAAAAAAAUGGCUGUUGUUUAAACACUUAUUUACUGAACAUACUAACAAUGUGUCAGCCUUGCAUUGAUCACUACCUCUGGAAAAUGAAAAUGUUUCAUAUUUGAACCAUGUAAUGUUUAUAUGUUCAUGUUUCUAUCCUCUGGUAGCUGGAAUUCAUUUCAGCACAUUUCAGCAUUGUUAGCUCCCAAGAUAGCCACCAGCAAGUACUAGCGGUACACGGAGAGAUUAACGGUAGCGCCGCGCUAAUGCUAACAUUGGGCGAACAGGGCCGGUUAAAAAAAACA